UUUGAAAAAGACCCGGGGAUGGGAAGAGAUCGGGGGGCGGGGGAGAUGUAAAAAAGAUUAAGAUGCGAUAUGCACCCAUUCCCCACACUACAAACACUAACGGAAAAACCAUAAAGAAUAAAAGAAAAGCUGGCCGAGGCUGCAGCGGAUUUAGUCAGAGCUGCGGCAUUCUGGGUGUUGUCCAUGUUCCCACGAGCACCGGACAGGAAUUAUUAAUACCGCAUUCUGCGGCGGAAGAAGCCGCACGGAGAUGAAACCCCUCCCAGGCUCUCCCAGGUGCGACUUCACCGUUCACGGAGCACGGCCAGGGCCGUGUGGCCUUGGUCUCGGGCUGGUGAGACCCUGCCAGCCGUGUCUCCCGCUCGCCACAAGACUGACUUUGGCUGAGGAACUGAAUCAAAGUCAGCGCAUACCCCCAAGUAACGGAGGCUGACAACAAGGGCCCCAUGUCUCCUCCUAAACUUUGCUGAAACCUAGAUCCCCGCCGAAACCACAACAGGUGACUGAAAGAACAGCCUGGACAGGUAGAGAGCACCCCGUCACCGGGAGAAUCCAAGCAGGACUGCCAUGGACGAGAAUCAAUACUCAGGUGAGAGGGCUCUUUUGUGGGGACUCGGGAGAUAAGGGGGUGCUCCCCAGCCCCUCUCGGGCCAGGAGGGUGAUUUUUUUUUUAAAGAAAAACCCAAGGGUUGGGUAGGGAGUUGAACCCCGAGCUACCGAGCUCCUGGCCCAGAGCCCGGCAGGAGAGGGACGCAGAGGGCCCCUCCUUCCCGACAACUCCCUCUGCACAAAAUGCACCCCCGGCUGGCACUGGCAGCCCGAUGGCGUCGGAGGCCGCGCGGGACAGCGGCUCGGAGCGCGCGGGGCCCCGCACGAUGAUCCCGGAGGGGCCAGAACCGGGAGAGUUCUUCGAUCUUCCCAGGAAGAGGCGCUGCCGGCGGGGGCUGCAGCUCGCGCUGCUGGGGCUGCUGACCGCGGCGCUCUGGGCGGGGCUGCUGACCCUGCUUCUUCUGUGGCACUGGGACACCCUGAAGAGUUUUAAACGGCUGGAAGUCACUGCCGCCCAGAACGUGUCUCGAUUCUCCAAGGAACUGCAGAGGCACCACAGUGAGCAGAUGGCCCAGAAGACCCAGGCGGCACUGAUGUCACAGACCGUGCAAGAGCUCCGGGCCCAGCAGCAGCAGAUGAAAUCCCAGGACUCCGAGCUCUCCUGGAACCUGGACAGACUUCAGGAGGAUAUGGGCAGCAUUAAGUCGCAAAAUUUGAACCAGAGGCGCUCGGCCUUGGAUUCGCUGGGAAGACUGAAGGAAGAGGUGGCGAAGCUGUGGAUGGAGAUUCAGGCAUCCAGGGGCUCCGACUGCAGCACUUGCCCCGAGCAGUGGGUCAACUUCCAGCAGAAGUGCUACUACUUUGGCGAAGGCGCCAAGCAGUGGGUCCAGGCCCGGUUCACCUGCGAUGACCUGGAAGGCCGACUGGUCAGCAUCCACAGCCAGGAGGAGCAGGACUUCCUGACCAAACAUGCCAACAAGGAGGGCUCCUGGAUUGGCCUGCGGGACCUGGACGUAGAGGGGGAGUUUAUCUGGAUGGAUGGGAGCCCUGUGGACUACAGCAACUGGCAGUCAGGGGAGCCCAACAACGCCCAGGGAGAGGACUGCGUGAUGAUGCAGGGCUCGGGGAAGUGGAAUGACGCCUUCUGCCGCAGCUGGCUGGACGCCUGGGUGUGCGAGCAGCUGGCCACGUGCGGGUCACCCACCCCGUCGGACGCCACAGAUGAUUCACGGGUCUCUGGCUUGGGCUCUGGUUCAGCACACAGCCCCUGACAGUGCCGCCGCCUCACUCUGAUCCCUCCCACCUCCCUCCCUCUUGAUCCUAGAAACAGCCAGACCCAGAGCCAGGCCCCGAGGACCCCCAACCUCAGCCUGGACGCCACUUUGUGGCUCAAAGGUCCCCACGACCUUUUGCUCCCACCCGAACUGAGACACUGACCCUUCCCGCCCCCGUCCCUUGCUCCUUCAGCCCAGCUGGCCAUCACCCCCUACCUGCCUUCGAAGGCUCACGACCGUCCCCGCUGGCAAGCUCGUUGCCCACUGGGGUGUAGACUGCCGGCCCAGCCAUCCAGGGAGCUGUGGAGAACACAGACCUCUCACCUAGGACCCCACCUCGUCCGGUGUCCCCUCCGCUGCCACCCCACUCCUCAGCACGACAGGAUACACCCCACCGCAGCUUGGGCAGCAAGUCCUCCUGGCCACCUGCACCAGCGACACGGGACAAUGAGGUCGCAGCGGGGUGGAAGGUGGGAACCCACUGGCCUGAGACCACUUCCCCCCCACACCCCACCCCCUCCAAGACCAACUGUGAGAAUCCAGAGCAACUGAAGUGGAGUCCACGCCUUCUCCACCUGAGUUUCCUCCUCUUACUAGAAUGUACUAGGGGCCCUGGGGACGGAGACCCUGGGGUCUAAUGAGCCCCAGGAAUACUGUGGGGGGCACUGCAGGUCCCCAGAGCAGACAGAGUCCCGCAGUCCGGAACGGCAGAGGAAGGGGCCUCAGUUCACACACAGAGGAAGCUGUCUGCAGACCGGACCACGCCAGCCGGCCGCUCAGCCAGGUGCCGCUGGGCCCGCUGGGCCCGGAGAGGUUCAGGGCUCACUCGCUCUUUCCCUCAACACCUCCAAGUCCCAUCCAUCUUCACAACCAGCUCCUCACCCCUUCCCAUCACCUCCGCUCGUCUAUUUUCGUUUGUUGGAUGUGAGAUGGACGCUUGCUACGUGGCCUAGGCUGGCCUUGCACUCCUGGGCUCAAGCAACCCUCCUGCCUCGGCCUCCACAUGCACUCAAACCACAAAAGUGCACCACCAUGGGCAGCUGUCUCCCUCUUCAGUGCCCCAAGUUUCCUUCCAGCUCGGAAGAAACCGAAGUCCUACAGGGUUCCCGUGUGCAGGCUCCUCAC